CAAUGCAAAAUGACCCUUAUUUUAUUUGGGAAAUGUAGUUAUUUGGGAAAUUUAUAUGCCCACCUACUCGCUCAAAGCGACUCUGGGCGGCUUACAAGCAGUAAAACGCAGUAUAAAAAAAAAUAAAUGGAAGAUAAAAAAAAAACAAUAACACACACACACACUCCAGCAACAACACACAGUCAGAUGAGCCAUUUGGUGGGCUUGAUUGCUGCAGCACGUGGGAAACCGUCCCCAACUGUCCCGCUGGCUUUGAGAGGACGGCGUCCCACUCCCAUGACCCUCGACCGGCCCGAAAUGCCCCACAGCGCUCCUUUCACCAACUUUUGCCCUGGACGCCCACGGGUGGCUGUCACUACUUGAGGCGCCUUUCGGCUGGGCUCUUCUAAGGCGGGGAAAAGUUGGCAGCCGGGCUCGCCCGCUCUUCUUCCCGACGGUAUAACCCCUCCCGGUUCCUGCCUGCCCUGGGCCAGGCCCCUCCCUCCACAAGCCCUCUCAGCAAAGCCCUGUGGGUUUGCUGCGCCCCCGGCAUUCUCAGGAGAGGCUGCUCCGGCAAGCUUGUCUCCACCCGUCCCUUUAAGGCACGACAGCUAGAAGGGAGUGUCGGCCGACGGCUGCUCAGCUGCAGAGAGAGCGCAGGCAGCCCCAGAGUCCCUGCCACGGCUGGGGUAGCUCUCCUCCUGGCUGGGCAAGGGGCGCCUGCAGCUCUCCAGAGGUGGUUAAAGAAGCGCCGGGCGAGGGAUCGCAUUUCUCCCUACAAGCGUUCCAGAAUCGCCUCCACUCUCCAGCCUCGGAGGAGCGGCGUCUUCGGAGAGAUUGGCUCUUUCCCGAGGCGUCGUCCCACCAUCGCCUCCAACCAUCGCAGGAACCCGGCAGGUAUUUCAAGACCGCUUCUUACCUCCCGAAUCCAGUAGCCCCGAUCCUUCGCUUGAGUCGGUAAGCGAUGGAAGGUCUGAACGCGCUUUGCCGUGCUGGUCCUCGACGGUCGGCUUCAUUUUAGGUCUGCCGGGCAUCACAGAUUCAGACUGCCCAGGAGGUUGAAGGUCCGAACGGGCAUCGCCCCAGAUUUCUCCCAGAAGUUCUCAAGCCCCGGCGCCCGAACACCGAGGACUCCAAAGCCACUCUCUUCGCAACCCCACCUGCGUCCGCACUCUUAGAUCACUGCCAGACCGAGGGUGCUUUGAAGACUCUCCUUCGGACGGCAGCCGGGAACAGCGAGGCUGGCGCACCCCCGUCUUCAAAGUUACCCGCUGAUUGCCUGGAACCUACAUCGCCGUCGGAGGCGGAGGCAGAGCCUGGGAUGACGGCUGAAAGCUCUCAACCGACGGCUUGCGCGGUGGGCCCCCCUGACGCCGAAGCCGAAGCCGCCUCCAGGCUUCCCGCGCUGGUGAAGAUGGAGCCGGCAGCCCCGGCAGAGGCCCUGGAGCCGGAGCCGUCGGAAGAAGACGUGGGCGCGAUGGGGGGUUCGCGGCCCAUCGGACGCCGCAGGAAGCGGCCAGUUCAGCGCGGGAAACCCCCGUACAGUUACAUCGCGCUCAUCGCCAUGGCCAUCGCCCACUCUCCGGAGCGCCGCUUGACCCUGGGCGGCAUCUACCGCUUCAUCACCGAGCGCUUCCCUUUCUACCGUGACGGGCCUCGCAAGUGGCAGAACAGCAUCCGCCACAACCUCACGCUCAACGACUGCUUCGUUAAGGUACCCCGAGAGCCCGGCCGGCCGGGCAAAGGCAGCUACUGGGCCCUCGAUCCCCAUGCCCGCGACAUGUUCGAGAGCGGUAGCUUCUUGCGCCGCAGGAAGCGCUUCAAGCGCAGCGACCUUUCCACUUACCCGGCUUACAUGCACGAGGCACCGGCCCAGCCCGUCGGGCCUUCGCUGAGCUCGGCCUAUGCCUCUCCUGCUGCUCUCUGCUACCCCUCCCAGCCGCCCCUCUUCAGCCUGGGCCCCCUCAUGGCCCAGCCGAGCCCAGAGCUGGUGCAGCAGCAUAGCGUGGACAUAAACUCUUCUCCCAGCAAUGCCUGCUCCUUUGCUGGGCCUGCAGCCUAUUCCAACCAAACCUGCACUGCAGCCUCGGGCCUAGCCAGGCCCCACAACACCAUGCCUUACUCCUACGCCAUCCCCAGUGCCCAGCAGCUCCAGGUUAACCAAGGGUCUUAUUCCCAGACUAGCAACAGUAACCUCUUUGGGGCUUCUGCCCGUCUAGGAGUGCCUACCUCACCCUCCAUCACUAAUGACACGAUGGAUUUCUAUGGCAGGAUGUCACCUAGCUCCUACAGCUCUUUCGCUCAUGGGUACAAUGCCAGUGGGCAACUCAGCAGUCCCGGAGCGUACCUGCGUCACACCACUUACUCCAGUAACAUGGAAAGGUUCGUUUCGGCCAUCUGAAGCCAAGGAGGAACUUGGGGAAAAAGAGAACAAGGCAGGGCAAGGGGGCGAGAUCUCUGGUUAUAUUAUCUUCCCCUUGGGCUUAGGUUAUCGUCAUAAGCAUGUUAUCCUGCACUGGCAGGAGGGUUGUGGUGUUCAUUCAGUGCGACUACACAUCGAUAUGCCAAUCAGUGCCAUUAUUUAAGUCUGUAAGAGGAACAGGACAACGGAGGUGUCCACAGUACAGGGCUGGUGUAAAGAUUUAACUUUGUGAAGCGAAUGCACUAUACAGUAUGAAGCUAGUGACUCUGCUACGUAGAUGGGGGUGUUGAGAAGACACAGAGGAUCCUUUCAGGCUGUGAGCUGUGAAAUACACCAGCUAUUAAAGCCAAAGGCAAUACAACAUAUUAGACCUUUUUGUGUACUUUUCCAUUCCUGUUAACUCUCCUCCACUUUUGUUUUGUGAGCUCCCUCUUUACAAAAUAAUCUGUUGUAGCAGUAGCCUCAGUAAGUAGUAAGCUUCUUCUUUUUCAUUUUUUUUACCUAGCCCAAUUAUUAGCAAUAUUAUGAAUAACUAGUAGGUGUAUGCUUAAUACCCUCAAUGUCAUGUUUUCAGUGACUCACAAGUUCAUUUGGAGAAAUAAAUGAGUUGAUGAUUCACCCUUCUGUUUGAAUGCUUUCUGCUGGCUUUGGAAAUGCAAUAAAUACUCUUUGAAACUGAUUUUCUUGGAAAGUUCUGAUUGUAGCUGUUAUUUUCAGUUAGAUAGCUUUUGUUGCAGCAGAUAAAGGAACUUGCCUUCACAUUUCAGUGUGCUUAUUGUUCAUUGACUCAAGUCAGAUUUCUUUUCAUUUUUGUUGGUUGUAGAAAUGUAUGCUUAGCAGUUGUAUAGUCAGCUAUAUAGUUGGAUAGGAGUACACUUGCUAAUUGCUUAUACAUAAGAUAUAAGAAAAUGUCAAAUUCAUCCCAGUGCCCUAGAAAGAAGACAUUUGUCCAUAUUCAGUAAAAUUCCCUGAUUUUAAAAUUCAGCUUCAAUCAUUGCUAUUGAGAAAUACAUACUGUAUUCAGAGAAAUACAUACUGUUAUUGUAUGUUUUCUGAUUAGUAAGAAUAACAUAGUAAUCAAAUGAUUCACCUGAAAAGGCAAUUCUAAUUUUUCAAAAUGAUGCUUUUUACCAGGUGUUUUUUUUUUUUUUGAAGUCUUCUGCUCACCCGCUUUACUUAUCUGUCAUAGCAAUCAAGACUUUGAUAUUAUUGUACUGGUAGUUGAGGCAGAAAUGCAAGGAAAAGCUGGAAAAUGAAUGGCUAAACUCAUAUAAUUUACUACUGUACAUUACUUUUAAAAGCAAAAUCAGUAAAAUUCUGUAGGUUAUUGUCUUGCAAUCCUGGAUCAAAAAGCUAGCUUUUUAAUAAGAACCAUUGGAAUCAAGACUUCCAUGAGCUGAAAGCAAAUCCAAACAAGACUAAUAUCACAUGUCCAUAUAAAUAACAUAGUACAACAAUUCAGGGUAAUAUAGAUCACAUAAAUAAGCAAACAUUUGAAUAUUUACACAAAUGUAAAAGCUGAAAAAAAAUCUCAACCUUCGUUAAGUUAAAAAGCCCUAAUGAGACUUUGCUUAAUGUUCUAUGCAUAGGACGUUCUUUACACAGAAAACAUUCCAAAUUCAAUUUCCAUAGACAUGCACCUAUAAUUUUGAAAUGAAUUUUCUAUCAUAACAUUCAUAUGAUUUACAUGCAGAGUUUGAAUCAGAUGGUGUGGACAAUCAUUCCUUUCAGGAUGAUAAACUUGACUUACUGAGUUAGACCAAGAAUAUCAUAAUCCAGCAUUCUUUAAGAAAUAGUGGCCAAUUAGAUUCCUCCGGAUACUUAGAAGGCAUGAAAUUCAGCAUAUUCCUGCUCUUGUUUGUUCCCGGCAUCUGUAUAGCUUUACUCAGGUAAAGCAUUUAUGAAAAUGGAUUUCAUUUAGUAAAAAACAUAGAGAGAAACAUCAUCUAUGUAAUGUGUCUAAUUUUUUAAAGUUAACGGCUAUCACCAGUAAUUCGGAUAGGUUUUCAUAUGUUAAUUUUUUGUUCAGUGUAGAAACUGAAUUAAUUUGAUAAAAGGAGAAGGGGUGGGAAUUGAUUGAAUUUAUUGCCAAUUAAUUGUAUGCAGUUGAGAUGAAAAUACUGUUCUUCAACCACAGACCAAUUGAUAUCCCUUUUAUUCUAUUGUAUUUCUGGCUUUGUUGUCCAAGCAUGUGCAGAGGUAUACAAAAAAGUUCUGGAAUUCUGUUUUAUAUAAAAAUUCUGAAAACUUUGUUUUUGCUAAAAUACUGUCAGAUUCUGUAUCAACAAAUUACAUGUCCUAGGAAACCUUGUAUCCUUCAAAUAGUUCUUGUUCCAUUCUUUUUCUCAGUAUUUUCAGCCAAGCAUCUACUGUACGUAUGCCUCUAUCUGGAAAAGACAGAAAGAACCCAAGACAAAAGGACAGCGAUCUAUCAAGUGAAGUGGCCUUUGUUCAAGCCUUAUAUGUGGAUCAAGAUGGACAUUAAAUUAAAUAUGUUGCUUCUCCCA